GGCGUGACCUUGAGGUCCAGAGGGGCCGCCAGCGGGUCCCGCGGUCCCACUGCCAGGCUGCCCGCCCCGGCUGCUCCGCCGCUCUGCGUUUCGAGGAAGGCGGGCGCCGGGUGGGCUCGGUUCGGGCUCCCGGCCCCAGGCGGUGGGUCCCUGGCCGCCCCGGGCUCGUGCAGCAGCUCGGCCACUCGCUCUCGGAGCCCGCGCGGGCGAGGUGUUUGGAUACCGAGGGACAGGGACGGAAGGAUUCUCUCAACAUGAGGCCCUCCCUGCAGGUGGUGGCUCUCUGGGGAAAGAAGGCCCCUUCCCACAGCAUCACUGCCAUCAUGAUCACCGAUGACCAGCAAACCAUUGUGACCGGAAGUCAAGAGGGUCAGCUCUGUCUCUGGAAUCUAUCACCUGAACUAAAGAUUUCAGCAAAAGAACUCCUGUUUGGUCAUUCGGCUUCAGUAACAUGUUUGGCAAGAGCGAGAGACUUCUCUAAACAGCCCUAUGUCAUCAGUGCUGCUGAAAAUGGGGAGAUGUGUGUUUGGAAUGUCACCAACGGACAGUGCGUGGAGAAGGCCACACUUCCCUACAGGCACACUGCAAUCUGUUAUUACCACUGCUCAUUCCGGAUGACAGGAGAAGGCUGGCUUCUAUGCUGUGGAGAAUAUCAAGACAUUCUUAUAGUUGAUGCCAAAACUUUGACGCUUGUUCACACUUUUACAUCGUCUCAGUCUCCUGAUUGGAUCAACUGCAUGUGCAUUGUUCACUCCAUGAGAAUUCAAGAAGAUUCUCUCUUGGUCGUAUCAGUAGCUGGUGAACUCAAAGUAUGGGAUCUCUCUUCAUCUAUCAGCAGCAUUCAGGAAAAGCAAGAUAUCUAUGAAAAGGAAUCCAAAUUUCUCGACUCGCUGAACUGCCGGACAAUACGAUUUUGCACAUAUACAGAGAGGCUUCUAUUGGUGGUAUUUUCUAAAUGUUGGAAGGUUUAUGAUUACUGUGAUUUUUCCCUUCUGUGCACUGAAGUCACUAAAAGUGGGCAGUUCUUUGCUGGUGGAGAGGUGCUUGCUGCUCACAGAAUCAUCAUCUGGACAGAAGAUGGUCACAGUUACAUCUAUCAGCUGCUGAACAGUGGGCUUUCAAAAAGCAUAUACCCUGCUGAUGGAAGAGUGCUUAAAGAGACCAUUUAUCCUCAUUUACUGUGCUCUACUUCUGUGCAGGAAAAUAAGAGCCUUCCCUUUGUCAUGGGCUACAUGAAUGAAAGGAAAGAGCCUUUUUAUAAAGUGCUUUUCUCUGGUGAAGUCUCGGGAAGAAUUACUUUGUGGCACAUCCCUGAUGUUCCCAUAUCCCAGUUUGAUGGUUCCCCUAGAGAGAUACCAAUAACUACUACCUGGACCCUUCAAGAUAAUUUUGAUAAGCAUCAUAUCAUGUCACAAAGUAUCAUUGACUACUUCUAUGGGUUUAAAGAUGGAGCUGGAACUGUGGUGGUCACUUCAUCAGAGUAUGUUCCAAGUCUUGAUAAGCUAGUAUGUGGCUGUGAAGAUGGGACAAUUUUCAUUACGCAGGCCCUGCAUGCUGCGAAAGCAGGUCUUUUAGAAGGCGGUUCUUUGCUAAAAGAUUCCCUUCCUCACAAAGUUCUCAAAGGCCAUCAUCAAAGUGUUAUUUCAUUACUUUAUCCACAUGGCCUCUCUUCAAAAUUAGACCAAAGUUGGCUGGUGUCUGGGGACCGGGACUCAUGUGUCAUCUUGUGGGAUAUCUUUACUGAAGAAAUUUUGCAUAAAUUCUUUUUGGAAGCUGGUCCAGUAACAAGCCUUUUGAUGUCACCAGAGAACUUCAGACUAAGGAGUAAUCAGGUCCUUUGCUGUGUGUGCAGUGACCAUUCCGUGGCGCUCCUGCACCUUGAGGAGAAGAGGGCCCUCUUUUGUGCCCGGAAGCACCUUUUCCCUGUGAGGAUGAUCAAAUGGCACUCGGUUGAGAACUUUUUAAUUGUUGGAUGUGCAGAUGACUCUGUUUACAUCUGGGAGAUUGAAACCGGCACUUUGGAAAGACAUGAAACAGGAGAAAGAGCAAGAAUUAUUCUUAAUUGUUGUGAUGAGUCACAGUUUGUAAAGCCCGAAUCUGUAUUUUCAGUUGCCUCAGAGACACAUAAGCACAAAAGUGUAGAACAGAGAUCCUCCAUCUCCUACCAGUUUGGGCCAAUACCUUGCCCUGGUCUGCAGGUAGAGUCUUCAUGUAAGGUGGCUGACGCCAAGUCUUUCUCAGGUCCUUAUAAUGUCUUGCCUGUGAAGACAAAAUGGAGUAACAUUGGCUUUCAUAUCCUAUUAUUUGACCUGGAAAACCUUGUUGAACUUCUGCUGCCGACUCCAACCUGUGAUAGUGACCAUUCCAAUUCAUUCUAUGGUAGUGAGAUCCUGAGAAGAGCCAGAAGCACAGUAGAGAAGAAAACACUGACACUGAAAAGAAAUAAAACUGCCUGUGGUCCUCUCUCAGCAGAGGCACAAGCCAAGCCUAUCAGUGAAAGCUCAGCCCAAGGAGAUAAUUCCAUAACAUUCUUAGAAGAAAAUGAUGGAAUUAAAAGGCAGAAGAAAAUGAAGAGCUCCAAGAAGACGCACCCUAAGCCAUCAAGAAAAUUUGAUGCCAACCUCAUAAUAGAUGCAGCUAAAUUGCUCCUAUCUUGCCUUUUGCCAUGGGGAGUGGAUAAAGAAUUAGAUAAUCUCUGCAUUAAGCAUCUUAAUAUUUGGAAGCUUCAGGGUCCUGUUUCUUUAGGACUUGCUUCCAAUGAAGAUCACUUCUCAUUAAUGCUUCCAGGUUGGGAUUUAUGCAAUGCUGAAAUCAAAAAAGACUAUUCAAAAGUAAAUUUAUUUUCCAGAAAAGUUUUGGAUUUGUCAAAUAAAUACAUAUCCACUCUUCCAAAUCAGGCUGGGAUGCCAAGAAGACUGGAAAAUAAUUGUGAUUCUUUGCAAGAGUCAAACGCUAUAGUUUAUUUAUUGAGAAGAGUAUUUUUAGUUAACAAAUUAGUUAACAUGCCUGUAGAAUUGUCAUGUGGAAUUGACAGUUCUUUCAAAAUGGAAUCUCUGCAUAACAAGGUGAAAAGUCCUGGGAAUGAUAUUUUGCAUAUUUCAAGCUUCUACAGUUACUUACGAAAUGGUAAGAAUGAAUCCCAUAUACCUGAAGCUGAUAUGUCACUUUUGAAGCUAAUUUCCUGUUGGAGAGACCAGUCUGUGCAGGUAACUGAAGCAAUACAAGCUGUUCUCUUGGCGGAAGUUCAACAGCACAUGAAGACCUUGAGAAAAAUACCAAUCAACAGUCAACCAGAGUCCAAGACUGAGAAUGGUAACUAUGAGAUGAUACAGAUGCGGCCAAAGAUGGAACGGACCGAGGAGAUAGAGUUACAAUGUAUUACUGACAAUUUGCCUCCGCAAACCUCAGCCAGUCUGGUCAAGCAUGACAGCAACUCAAACUCGGCAAACUUCCAAGACAACGAGGACAUGCCUGACAGAUGUGUCGUGGAAGAGUCUGAGAGUCCAGGUGAGCCAGGACAUCAUUCAUGGAUAGCAAAGAUGUGCUUCUGCAAGCUGUGCUAAACUAAAUCUCAUCUCUAGGAAUUGGAUUGGACAAAUGAAGAAACCCAAAACAUGUCAUUUGUUUACCAUUGUAUAUGAGGUAUACUGCUAUUGAUCAAGAAAUUAGGUUGCAGUAGAAUUUCCUAACACUUU